ACGCCUCUGGGAGCCUCCCUGGAUGAGCAAAGCAAUCCUCUGUUGAAGGGCAUGCUGGUGAAAAAUGGAGGAAGCUUUGAAGAUGACUUAUCCCUGGGAGCCGAAGCUAAUCAUCUACGGAGUGAUACCCAAAUGGAAACAUGCAAUGGUGUGCCGGCAAAGGACAGGAGGCUGCAGUUCCAUCAGAAGGGGAGAAGUAUGAACUCCACCGGGUCUGGAAAAAGCAGCGCAACUGUUUCAAGUGUUUCAGAAUUACUGGAGCUUUAUGAGGAAGAUCCUGAAGAAGUGCUCUAUAACCUUGGGUUUGGAAGAGAUGAACCAGAUAUUGCUUCAAAAAUUCCGGCGAGAUUUUUUAAUUCAUCAUCAUUUGCCAGAGGCAUAGAUAUCAAAGUGUUUUUGAAUGCCCAAAUACAGCGCAUGGAAGUGGAAAAUCCAAGUUUUGCUUUAACGAGUCGUUUUCGUCAGAUUGAGGUGCUUACUACUGUGGCCAAUGCUUUUUCUUCUUUGUAUUCUCAAGUCUCUGGGACUCCUUUGCAGAAAAUUGGUAGUAUGAAUUCAGUGGCUUCCAGCAAAGAGGCAUCCAGCCCUCCCCCUUUAACUCGCAGCAAUACAGCCAGUCGGUUGAUAAAGACCUUGUCAAAACUCAAUCUGUGUGGCACACAGCAAGCUGAGGGUAGUGGCUGCUCAAGUCCUUCACCUGUUGAGAAAGUGAGAAGUCCAGCUGAAGUAGGGAGUGAGGAAAAUGAUGUUAAAAAUGAAUCUAAAUUAUCAAAAUACUCUAAAAAGAAAGACUCUCCCUCUAUUUUGGCGACUGUAAAGGAGGAGAUAGCCAAUAGUCAGGCAAAGGCUGCAAACACACAUAAACCUGCACACCUUCCUGCUGUGACUGAUGAGGGUACUGUGCAAGGUGGCAGGUUGACAAGUGCCCAGGAUACACCAUGUGAAGAAUCUGGUCUUUUGGACUCUCCAGGCCUCAGCAGCAGUUCUAGUGCGUCCAACAGCAGCGUCCUGACACAAAGGCUGUGCACGGCAUCGCCAGGUAGAGAUCCCUGCGCUCCCCUCGCAAACCCGUCCAUAACGAAUCUAAUGCUGCCACAGAAGGACUCCUUUGAGAUGGAAGAGAUCCAGAGUACAGAGGGGGAUCUACCACAUGUUCCAGCUACUCACCAGCUAGCAGUGACUAAGUCAAGGAAAGAUCAGCUAUUACGGACAGCAAGUCAGCACUCUGACAGCAGUGGCUUUGCUGAGGACUCCUCCACGGAUUGUUCUCCAUUUAAUCAGCUUCAGGUUCAGGAGUCUUUGCAGGGCAUGGGAAGCAGUGCUGACAGUUGUGACAGUGAGACAACUGUGACAUCGCAUAGUGAGGAACAGAAGACACCGAUAGCCAAGGAAAUGCCCUGUUUUGAUAAGUUUGAAGAGGAGGAAGAAGAUGAUGAUGAUGAGGAUGAUGACAAUGAUGAAGAGGAUAUUAUCUCUCAAGUAGAGAGACAAAAGGUCGGGGUGCUUUCUGAUAACAGAAGGAGUGAAGAUAGAAAACUUACUGACUAUAAUGCUGAACAAAAUCAAGGACAAGAAAGCAAGUCAUCUCAUACAUCGGAGACGGUCCAAGGAGAGGUCAGCUCUAAAGAGGAAGACAUUUCCAAUGAGCAAAAAGAAUUGGACCUGCUGGAAGGCAGUGUGUUUGAAUUUCCUCAGUACCACACACACCAUAUCCUCAAAUCAAUGGAGUCUCUGGAAGGUGGUAGCUCUUCCCCAUCAUCUGUGGACAGAGUUCACGUUGCCUUGCAAAGAGCUGAGAUGAGGAUCGUCAGCUCAUCUGAUUCCAGGGCCGGAUGCACUCUGCUUAAAUCAAAAGACCUCCUGAAGAAGCAGAGACUCUGGUUUGCUGAAUCAGGUUAUCCUCUAAGACGGUCUCAGUCUCUCCCAACUGCAUUGCUCAAUCCAGUGAAAGUGGUGUCCUCUGUGAAUGUCCAGUUAACUCCAGGAAAAGAGACACUGUGCAGUCCUCCUUCUUUCACCUACAAGUACACACAUGUGGAGGAAGGAGAGAAAGCAGCAUCUGAGAAUGGCAAAAGUGAGGAUGAGGCAGCUGCCAGUCAGCCAGUGUGCAAAUCCACACUGUUCAUUGCACCUUCAUCCUCCAAAAAGGAACUGCCUCACACUGGGCCCAACAGGCUGCCUGAGGAGCUCAGUCCCACCAGGGUACACAGCUGCCCACUGCACACACCAGCACACAUGUCCCAGUCAACAUGCUCCCUCCACUCCCUCCCUGCCGAGUGGCAGGACAGACCGCUGUGUGAGCACAUGAGGACAUUCAGCACCCACAGUGUCCCAAGCAUCUCUGGCUCUUCCUUCAGUGCCUUGCUUUCCCCCUUCAGCUGUCCCUUCUUUCCACGGCAUGCUGGAGUUCAUCGACCUCAUGCCAUCAACCCACCCUCCACUGUGGAGAUGCAGCUGCGCAGGGUCCUCCACGACAUCCGAAACUCUUUGCAGAACCUCUCACAGUAUCCGGUGAUGAGGGGUCAGGAUCUUUCAGCUGCCACUGCUUACACUACUCAGAGAUCAUCCAUUCUACCUCUCUAUGAA